CGAUCAAUGGUCAAAGUUAAAGAUAUGAUUUUGGGCGCUUUGAUGAAGCUAGAAGCCCACUCUGUUGUAACAAAAGUAAUAAUAUGUAACUGCAAGCAUCAAUGGCGAGAUGAAACAGCCCACAAAGCACAAAAGCCCAUUGGGCUUUUCAAGUAAUGUUUGUUUUAGGGUCAGCCCUUGACUCUACACUGAGAGAUCAGAGAGAAUGGCGACGGCGAUUAUACGCUCAGCUCUUUCCCGAGCAGCAAUCACCGCAGCUCCGAGGACAUCCGUUGCUCCAAAGCGAAGAUUCUCAUCUUCUUCCGGCCUUGACGAUGCUUAUGAAUCUGGAAAGUGGGAGAGCAUAGCUUACCUGGGCAUUUUCAGUUGCACUCUUAUAGCCGCCUAUGUUCUAUCCGAAGGUCAUCAACACGGCGAGGAUCCUCCUGCGUAUCCGUAUAUGCACAUCCGUAACAAGGAGUUUCCUUGGGGUCCAGACGGUCUGUUUGAGGUGAAGCACAACGAAGGGCACUGAGAUGUUGCGUCUUUGACAUAGUCUCGUCUUACUUAUCGGAUUUGUUUUAUAACUUUUGUCAACUAAGAAUAUGCUACUUUUGUUUUGUGUCAUCAUUAAAGACUCUGUGAUUUCUUCAAAUCUCUUAUGAUUCAAUCUCAGUAAACAAGAUUGUGUCAGUAAUUUUGUUUUGUUUUGAUAUGUGGGUCUGAUUUGCUUUGCUGGAUUGCUAGAUUCACUCUUGUUUUCAUCAGUAAUUAGUAGAUUCCACCAG